AUGGAGGUAAAAAUAGACUUUAUCCAGUAUUGAUUAACUCUUCAGGUAAGCUUGUUUUGAGGAGGAAGUUGAUAGUGUACCAUGAUUUCAUCAACCCAGUGAACCCAUAUUGCAAAUCACUGUAAUUUCCCCACAAGGAACUUGGUACAUAAUUAUUGCUACACCUCCUCAAGGAAGUGUUGUCUCUUCUCUGUUUCUCCUCUCCGGUGGCUGUUUAGAUGGGGGAGACUGAGGGCAGGGUGCUGGGCAGGGUGACGGUGUACUCUGUGCUGGGCUGUCCCCACUGUGUGCAGGCUAAGACAAGCCUGGGCGGUCUGGGCCUGCCUGUGUGUGAUGUAGACAUGGGGAAGCACCCAGAGCUCCGGGGCAGAGUGAAGGAGCUGACCGGUCGGAGCACAGUUCCUCAGAUCUUCUUCAACAGUGUCCACGUCGGGGGGAAUGAUGACAUGCAGAAACUGGUGAGAACACUGUCUCUCAGAUGGAUGGAUACAUUGUCUCUUUGACUGCUGUAUAUUCAGUCACUCACUUGAGUCAUUCAGUUGAGUGAGCUUUAGGCACUUUACCAAAACAUUUACAAAAGGCGGGUUUGUUAUUGUAGAGGAUUGCUUCUGAAUGCCUUGCCUGGAAAUAUAGGUGAAAUAAACACUACUCUCUGCAGCCUCCAGAGGAGUUGGAGCGUCUGGUGCGUUUGGUGAGGGAGGAGCCUGUCUCGUUAGACGCCCUGCCCCUGCCCAAGGAGAACCAAUCAGAUGGCUCAGACACAGCUGGAGAGGCUGAUGGAGGUCAGUGGACACACACAAGAAGCCAUGUGCCUGAUUAGAUUACGGUCAAUUUAGAGUUGGGCCCUGCUCUAUAGAAAUGUUUGCACCUUAGAACUGGAAUGGGUAGACUGGAAUGGCUCCAAAGACACAUUCAGUCAAAUGUGUUUAUUAGUGGGAAAUAACAAUUUUCUCCUAUUGCAGUUCUAAGACUCUAAAAGACAGACCUCCUGUAGCGAGACUAAUCUAGUCUUCCUCUAGUUAUAAACAUGAGCUCUGAUUCGACAGGGUUAUUUGGACAUGCUACUGUUGGAAUACCAGCUGGAAUAUCAGUAUCAUAAGACCUGGGGAAGAAGUGUCUGUCUGUCUGUCAGUGUGGAAUGUUGGCGUCUGCUGCAUGAGAGACAGGCUGGUUUUGUUUCACUGUGGGUGUGUGUGUGUGCGUGCGUGCUCAUCUCCUGUCACCACGGCAGACAGAGGCCCAUGCAGAGACAAUGGAUCAGUGUUACCUGAUAGCCCCAGACCAGCCAACACCUGGCCUCUCUGCCCAGCUCCAAUAUGUGUCUCUGAGUUAUAGGCUCCUCUGCUACCACUCAGGUUCAUAAAAUACAUUCAUAUGGACUAGAGUAAGAAAUAAAUAUUGUCAAUUGCUCCAAACAUUUUCUCUUACACAUUCCUGUAGUACUGAUGUCUGGUGAGUGGCAUCCAUUCACACAGUAGAUGAUUGCCAAGCCUUAUGUGCAUUCUCUGCAGAGUUUAAGUGUGAGAGGGAUGCGUUAGCGGACGUGGUAGAGGAUCUCAAGCGGAGCGAUGUGAUUGGAUGUCAGUGGAGGAGACUGAGCAUGUGCAGAAACAGCUUCACAGGAGCACAGCUGGUUGGCUGGCUGCAGAAAGAGAGGGGCAUGGGUAAGGAAUGAGAAUGAGUAAACAGACAUUCCUAAAUUCUACAUACAGAUUCUAAUUCUAUUAUUCUAUGAUUCUAACUGAUUCUUAUUCUCGGAUUCUGGCAGAGAUGACUAAGGCAUGCGAGACUGGGCAGGUGUUACUGGACAGGAAGUACAUGGUGGGCGUGGCUGGGGCAGGGAAGGGGGAGGGGUUUGGAGUGAGUGACAGGCUGUACAGGCUGAUGGAACAUGACCCUCACUCGGCCCUGAACGCAGGACAGACCGCUGCAUGCUCCCCUUUACAGGGUAGGUAGGGAGGACUCCCUCUUCCGAAUCUGAUUCUUCUUAAAGUUUCUUCCUACUAGAGAGCUUUUCCUUGCUACUGUUGCCUCUGCUUGCUCUUUAGGUGGUUUAGGCACUUUCAGAUAAAUCCCACUGUGUAGGUGGGGGCUUUCCUGCUUGGAGCUUCUCUUUCUACUAGUUAAACACACAAGUGUAAGAGGCAAUCCCACACCUGGUGUGGGCUAUUACAUUAAAUCCCUGAUACGAUUAACUGGGAUUGCAGUAGGUGUCCUUAAAAGCAGCUGAUCUGUCUGUGUUUGUGCGAACGUGGGUGGGUGUGUGUGAGUCUCUGUCAUUGCAUGAGUUUGGCCUUUCUGCAGGCCUCUUCUUGUCUUGCAUAAGAAGUAACCUGGAUCAGAAUGUCUUUCCUAGUUAGGACAUCUGCUCAUUAUCUGGUAAAAAUAGAUGAUUAAUGAUAUAAUUAUGUCUGUAUUCUGUCGCUCCCUCUGUCUCUCUCUGUCUGUCUUUCUCUCUCUCAGCUGCUGAGUUGUCUGCCAUUCUAAGGGAUAUGAUCCUGAAGUUGUUCUCUGAGUACCUCUCUUCUGAUGGAAAGGUAACAGUCACACUGAACUAACUGAACCCUCCACUACAGCAGAUCUAUUAUGACAUGACAGUUGUACUACAAUAUGUGUGUUUCCGUACAGUGUGUGGACUACAAGGCCAUGUCCCUGAGCCCAGUGUUUGAGCGCUACUGUGAGCUAGCUGUUCAGCUACAAAGAGUGGAGCUGCUGUCGCUGACCAGAGAGGAGAAACUAGCCUUCUUCAUCAACACCUACAACGCUCUGGUCAUCCACGGAAACCUUCGGAUGGGAGCCCCAACCAACAUGUGGCAGAGAUACAAGGUAAGGGAACCAUCUAGGAUUGUGGAAAGACAACAAGUAAUACUCUGUUUACCAGUGACAUUAAUUUGUUCCUGUGUGUUGUUUGUAGUUCUUUAACUACGUGAGCUACCUGAUUGGAGGAGAGGUGUUCACUCUGCAGGACAUAGAGAAUGGAGUUCUGAGAGGGAACAGAAAGGGCGUCGCACAGCUUCUCAGGCCCUUCUCUAAGACUGACCCUCGCCUACAGGUAGACUACUCCUCUGGACAGGGAAAGCUAUUCAACUUAUUAUAUUUUUUGGUUGUUUAUUCACAUCUCUAAUUUACUGGUGCAAAUGUAUGUUUUUAUCUGAAACGGAGCGCAAUCUGUGGCAGUGGUUGAAGUGGUGAUAGUGGCUGUUCUCUGUUUGUCCACCAGGUGGCUCUCCCAGACUCUGAGCCUCUCAUCCAUUUUGCUCUGAACUGUGGAGCUAAGGGAUGUCCACCCAUCAAAACAUACACUCCACAGGUAACACACUGGGUUUUUACACUGCAAAUACUGCACAUGUAGUGACACAGUAUUUUCUGAAUCUGGAGUUGUUUGAGUAAAGUCACAUGAUGUGUCCUCUCUGACCGAUCAGGACAUCGACAGUCAGCUGCGCACCGCGGCCGAGUCCUUCCUGGAGAACGAUGACGGCUGUGUGGUGGAUUCUGAGAAGGGGGAGGUCUGUCUCAGCCAGAUAUUUAAGUGGUACAAGGCAGACUUCGGAGGCACAGAUGAAAAGGUACCUCAACACUGACCUUUCACUGAAGAGUACUGUCUCCUGUCCUAACCCAGCCUUGCCCUUUCUCUCCUUCAGCUGCUGAACUGGAUCCUGGAGCACAUGGGGGAGUCUCCCAAGAGGUCCAGCCUGCAGCGUGUUCUCUCCUCUGGGAAGAUCAAAGUCAGCUACCUGCCCUAUGACUGGAGCACCAACAGCUCUCACUGA